AUGCUUGUGAUUGUACACCAUUUCCUGGACCCAUUACCAUACAUGGAGAUGGCCCCAUGUAUGGACGGUCGAAACAGUGUGCUAAACAUAAAUUCGCAUGUUUACAAAUCUAGUAUGGCUGCAAAGAAUAAAAAGUUCAAGAAGUUUAUCGAACUCUCAUUCAACAGUAAGGAGGAGAAGGACAACUUCAACGAGCAAUGGAAUGGCUUCCGCAAAAAGCGUCCAGAUUUGUCUACGAUUGUGCAAGUUAUGUACUAUUUCUUAUCCCUGGCUGUAAAAUGCACAGAUACUGGUAAUGAAGCUGUUCCUGAUGCCAAUUUCCACUACAACAGUUUUGUGAACAUUACCAAGGAACAAAGUAAAUGUGAACGCUUAUUUGUUACGUGUGAGUCGUCCAUCAAUUCGCUCGUUGGUGCCGUGUACAGCCUUGGUCAACGCUGCCAUUUUAGUAGAACUGCCAUCGUUACUAGAUUGGAAGAUUUUGCGAACUUUGUGGCCACAUUCACAAUUUCAAAUGGCAAGCACACAUUUUUAUGAAAGUCAUCGCCUUAUAUCGAAGGUUGGUCAAAAUUUUUCGUGAACGAGAAAAUGGCUUGUGGUGUAGUUUGUAGUGGACUUAUGUAUACUCCAUUCACCAGAUUUUUAAAUGCUACUACAUUAGGAAGCACGAACGAGCGUGUUUAUAAUGAAACAUGCAAUCGUUUAUCUACGAUUAUAUCCAACGAAGCCAAAGCGUCUAAAGAAAGAGCGAUACAAAAUAGUUUAGCAGGCAGUGGGGCGUCUGGGAUAACCAUGGAAACCGAUGCGUGUUUUUCUGCAUUCCGCAAUGCCAAGAGGAGUAUAACAUUUGGCCUUUGCAACGAAACGCAUACUGUAUUGGCAGAUAAGGUGAAAUCAACAAAUCACGAUGACAGUUCUGUCCAACGACAUGAAACGAUUGCAACAAAGGAAAUUCUAAAUGAUUUCAAACAGGAAGGAAUUAAAGUUCGUUGCAUCGUACACGAUUCUAACAAUAGCGUGAGCAAGGUCGUAAAAGACGAUUUUCCAGAAGUAAAGGAACAAAAAGACGUUUGGCAUGUGAUUAAAAAUGUUAUGUCAUCUUUCAAAAAAAUUUCGAAAGGGACAAAGAAAACUGAAAAUAUAUGUUGGCAUGGUCAGCUAUUUGAUAAAUAUGAUGGAAUUAAAAAUCACAUAUGGUACUCCAUCAUGCACUCAGGAAAUGAUGAGACUCUACUACGAGACAGUCUAGAUGCGAUCGUGUCACAUUACCAAGGAUACCACGAAAGUUGCAGGCUUACGAGCCAUUGUGUAAGAAACCCAAGAUAUGCCCCAUCUCGUGUGCUACUUACUGAUCCAAUUGCAAUUGACCUCUUAUCGAAAUUUGUCCAUGACACUUCAAUAUACAAAAAUCCGCAUCUCGUACUAGAAGGACUUAGCACAAGUUACGUUGAAGCGGCAAACAAUGCUUUGCGUUCUUUUCUGCCCAAAAGGCAUUCCUUUGGUGAUACGUCAUUUCAAGUCAGGGUUGAUUUAUUUAUUUUGCAUUGGAAUGAAAAUGUUAAUCGACCAUUCAAGAGAGCGGUUGUUCCUCAAAACGAGGGAACUCCAAGAGAAAACAGUGGGCGAAAAUAUCAAUCAAAGAAAACAUUUCAGUAUUUGGAAAAGAUUUGGAUUAGUUACCUGGAAGCAUAGAUAAAUUGUUUUUAUUCGUAAACAAACGUCCAGAGAAAAUAUAUAAAUACGUUGAACAUAGAUAAAAAUGUUUUUAUUAACUGUGAUAUAUAUGUUUGUUUGACUGGGUACUUUGUAUCUGGUUUAGAUUACAAAAAUACAAUAUUAUGUACCCAGAAAUACAUUCAAAAAUUGUAUGUAGUGUUAUAUGUUUCACAGGCACAAUAGCAGAGUCUUAUGUUUAUUUUUGGUAAUACAACUUCAAUAUUUUAUUCACAAUAUGAACAAAACCUUUUCUGAAUUGAAUAGAAAUAAAUAAUUAUAGCUUUGUCAA